CACUGUUAAUUGCUGGCUGCAGCUCCAGCAGUUCAAUGAGAGAUGUCUAUUUACUGUCUCUGCAAUAUAAAGACAUCAGUUCACUGGCACUAUCAGAUUCAAGUAUAGUCAGCACGGAUAUUGCCCAUGCAGUGCAAAAUAUUACGAAAAGUGGCGAUGAACCAACCCUCCAAGUCAGAGCUGGUUAUAUGGGAUUAUGCAUAAUGCUCACUGAUGGCGAUUGGGUCUGCUCAACAAGUGCAAGCAGCUUAGCAAAUAUUGUGAAGCUUUCAAGCAAUGCAGCAAAUGAUACUCGUGACCCACUUAAUCUGGUUUCUAUUGCCAACAAUUUCAAGGAGGACAUUGUGUUUGAUGGGCUGCUAUUUAUAGUGGUUGCAGCAGCCGCCAUUUGCUUUUUGAUGCUUGCUACAUUUCCCGGAUGGCAUGAAGAACUAGAUGAGACUGGAUCAGAUGUGGAAAUUAAGCCAUUUCCCUCCCGCCCAGUAUCGCACGCUGCCCUUGCGACUUCAGCUGUAGGGUUUUCAUUUGGUCUCAUAGCGGCUUUAUGGCAGCAUAUCAAUUCUGCAGCUGCUGCGUCAAUGGCGGAAAAAUUGAGUUACGGCCAGAUCACUGGCCAUGUUGGACCUGCAGCUAUGGCAUUUGGAUGGAUUGGUGUUGUAUUGAUUGGCGUGGUAGCACAUGGGCUACUAGUGAUGAUCAUGAGUAUCAGUCUUAUCAGGAAGCUGACUUAUGACGAGUGA